UCAGGGAGGGGAACUUCUGUCCCCUUCCCUCCGCCAUGGUCUACACAACCUUCAUCUCGUAUUUUCUGUCAGGAUAGUGUGCGGGCAAAUAACUGGACCUCGCGCCGAUUUCUUGCCUUGACCAGUGAAUCCGGAAGGGCCAGCCUGCGCGUGAAAAAAUCCAAUAUGACACGAAGAGGAGUUCAUCCAUGCUCCUUCCAGUAUACAGCACUGUGGAUAUUUACUCUUCUCAGUCUCCGCACGACCGUCUGUGCAACGCCCGCCACAAACCAAAACAUAAAGAUACAGACUCUAAACUACAAAUGGGUCGGCGAGGAAAAGGCAGAAGUGACAGCGUGUCUUGAAAGCGAGACGGACGGGACCCCCUUCAGGCAGGUCGACCUCCUCGUCACCAACGCUCUCGGGAGGGCGUGGCGGACCAGAGGAGGAGGAGGAGCGUUGAAGAAAACGGAGGAGGGUGCUUGCUUCGCUGGGAUAAGUCUCGAGAAGAAGGACUUGGUGAAGACGUUGAGCUUCAGGAUCUUGGAGAGCGGGACUGAUGAAUCGAUUCAGGAGCUGGAGACGUUCUUCAUAGUCCCAGAGGUAACUCCCAUGAGCAAAGGCGUGUACGAGAUCUGCUGGGAUGACCCCGAAGGACUCGCUUUUGCCUUGGCCCAAGGAGACGUUACUCAGCCGCUCGUCUCUCCCCCGGCCGGAUGCCACGAAUGCUGCCUCGUCGUCGUUGCGAAGAGUCCAGGUGGCCUCGUGACCCUGGAAACAGCUGGCACCAGACACCUCAGACAGCUGGUGCAAGUUCGUCUGCCUUUAAACUUAACGGACGGUCAAAUGAAGCCACAUUCAUCAGUUCCACUCAUCAUCAAGGAGCUCCACAAGGUAUCCAGGGACGACGACCCGAGUGGAAGAGAUCAGAACUUGAAAGUUUUCUUGGAUGCUCACCAAGCAACAGAGGCAGAUGAUUUUAUACUUACUCUGAUAUCAAACGGGGAACAGAAAUCUUAUAGCCUGCUUAACAUCAUCAAUGAAGAUGCCACCGAGCUUGAGUUUGAGGGAAAUUUUCAAGAUUCAACUAUUGUCAUCAUAACAGCUCUGAAGGCUGGGACCCCUGUGGGAUUUGGCUCCGUGAAUCAGAUCAUAACAGACCCGGGUUCUAGGGUGGCGAGGGUAGGGGACGCCAGCGCCCCGUCCCUCAGGGUGGACCCAGGGGCGCGAGACCAGGUGGAUGUCCCUGACAAGCCUCCCUGCGCGAGAGGCUCUGGCCCUUGCUACUACAUCGGCCAUAGCGCCCCCCUGCCCCCCCUCUGCGACGACCUUCCCGAGAUCAGAUUCUGCGACGCCGUUGUGUCGGAAGUGCAGAACCCGCCCGACGCCCCGGCCCUGGAGCUCCGCAACCGGCAGGAGCUGCGAGUGCAGCAGCCCCGGCCCGACGGAACGUGGACUGAGGUCGUGGUCUCCUGGGACGGCUCCAUCCUGUCUCCCGACGGCUUCGGCUGCGACGACCUGGGCGACGGCAUUUGCUCGCAGCCUGUGGCCGUCGCGGACGCUUUCGACGUGACGCUCGUCGUGCUGGACGACGACUGCUACGUCACGACGUCGCUCACUGUGCCCUUCGAAGUGCACGGCGUCGCCGCGCUCUCCCUCUCCUCGGACGUCCUGCAGGUGGAGGUCGACCCUCGAUCGGGGGGCACCUACGAGGUCACGCUGCCCGGCCCCUCGUCCCCCCCCGCGGCCACCCAGGAGUGUCAGGCUGGGUCGCCGUGCCGCGUCUGGUUCGCCGUGAUGGAAGCGCCCCCCUCAGUGAGCGUCACGAAGGAAUCCAAUACCGUUUAUGAGGAUAUAACUACAGAAACGCCUCCUCCCGCGUCACAAGUGCAGGUCAUCACCUCCAUGGACGCUGAAACCCAGACCCGAGUCCAAGUCCAGAGCAGCAACACCGUCACGCAGGUCGAACUCGUGACCUUCGUGUCCAGUGUCGCCACCGAAGAUGACUGCGAAGACCUUGAAGCAUUCGCCGGGAAUUCCGAGUAUUACUUCGACGCAUCUCUGCGAGGACCUGGAGGCUGGGACUUUGUCGUUGCCGGGUACUGUGAUGACGGGUCCUUGUGCGAAGUGGGCCAGGCCAGCGUGAUUCUCUUGGACAUGGACUCCUGGGUGGGCGUGGUGGGCGCCGCCCUGGACUCUCCUGACGCCUCUGUCAGAGUCGACGUCGGGAGCCUAGAUGACGUUAGUGUCGAGGGCAUCGGGUCAUGCGCGAAGGCGGACAGUCCAUGCUACUUCCUGACGGAGGCGCUGACGGCGAGCACUCUCAGGCACUGCGUCACCAUCGGUAAUACGGCAGGAGGCGGGAGCAGUGACGUCUCUCAGUGUGACUUGUCUUUCACGCCCUAUAAACCGAUGGACCAAGAACCAAUGCUGGAGCUGGUCAACAGAACUAUCCUGAAGGUUACUACACAAACGUCAAAUUCCCUCGAGGUGGUGGCUUUUAACCCGCAGACUGAUGACCUUCUUAGCAGUCCACUGUGCACUCCCGAGACCGACGGAUCCUGCAUUCAAGAGGUGAACAUUACAGAAGAACUCGUGGACUUCAAGGUGCUUGUGGUGGCGGUGGACGCGGCAGGGGAAACACAAGAGUCUGUUCUUUCCUCUUUCUAUGACUUCGUGACCCACGCCCAGCACUUCAACAACGGCACUGACCUCGAAGUCCGGUGGCGAACUUCCAGUGAGCAGACCUUCAGCAUCAGCAUUGAGGACGACUUGGGUGGCUUCACAAAGACGUCCGUGACAUGUGGACAGGACCUUAGGACAUGCAAAGCUUAUUUCACCAAGUUAAGCACAGAAGUGGCUCAUAAGGUGAAGGUGACGAAAGAUAAGACGGCCGUGUCGGUCUCCGUUCAGCCAGGCCAAGAUGCCACGACGCCCCUUUCCAUUACACGAAUCUCCAAAGUCUCAACCCUGCGUCCUCAAGCGCAGCUGACGAUCUCGUCCGACGUAGACGUCGCAGGGGUGAAGUACCUCGAGUACGUGGUGAUCGAACCCCCUGUUGGCAGCGAUAUUGUCCAACACGUUGCCUUCGCAGACUACAGUGACGUCAUACACACAGGCAACAACAUCACAUUCGAAGACGUAGAACCGCCGAAGACGGGCGUCGAAGUGACGGUGAUGGUCAUUGCGCACGCGGGCGACGGCGCGGACUCGGACGCCCUGGCCUUCGGGAAGAUCUUGGCCACUUUUGAAGAUAUUAAGCUCCCGCACAUGACGAAAGUGGGAACAGAAGAGUUCCAAUCCCUCAAAGUGGAGACGGGAGAAAUGGAUAUCAAAGUGAACGGUUUCCUGUGUCCAGCCAGCACAAUCUGCUACUACUUGGAGCCACAUAAUAUCCUGGAGCCUCCCGAAGUCUGCAGGAUGGCCACCCCAACCGUCGAGCAGUGUGACAUGACUGCAGCAUACAGAGAGCCAGAGGCUCUGAUCGAUCCGGCGGUUCAGUUGACCUUCACCGGGGCGCCUGAGGAGGACCUGACUGUCGCCGCCGAAUUCGCCGAAACGUCGCUCACAGUGGAAGCGAAACUCUACACAAGCUCGGAGGUUCUGACACCGGAGCCGCUAACCUGCGAUAUCACUGGCCAAUCGGCAAAGAUCUGCGCAUUCAAGGUUGAGCCAAAUGUGACGAAAUUUAAGAUUCUGCUUAUGGUAUUAGAUGCUCAAACGAUUGUGGUACAAUCACAUGUCGUGGAAUUUGAAGAUUUCCAAACUCGAAUCCAGCAACUGACAUCAGAGGCCAUCGAAGUCCGCUGGCGAGCUUCACAACGCCAGGAAUACGACGUCGAAAUUUUCCCUGAAAUCGAAGGCAGCUUCAGCAACACUUCAGUGCUGUGUGGAGGCGAAGAGCCUGAAGACAGCGACCUCUGUCUGGCUUACUUCAUAGCGUUAGACUCCACUGAGAAUUAUACGGCCAGUGUGAGGACGAGGAACAGCCAGAAGAGCGUGCUGGCGGUCGUACAGAUGGAGGCUCGCGUGGAAGCUUUAAACAUAACGGAACUGACCCUCGCCAAGACAGAAGACACGAGUGCAGAGCUGAACGUGUGCUUUAUCGAGAGGCAACUGGCGGAAAACGAGGCUCAGAUAGAACAGAAAACCCUUCUGUACAGAUUAGUGGCGGUGGAUGCCACUGGCCGACAAUUACGGAUGAUGUCGAAUUCCUCUCUCGCAUCCUCCUCCGUCGUCGAGGGGAGGCUGUGUCUCGGUCCGCUCCCUCUUGACUUCGACUUCGACUUGAGUGACAAGGUCCGGAUUCUCGUGACGCAGGAGGACCUCGACACUCACGAAGUCGCAGCUGGAGACGCUGAGGUGCUCCUCUUGGACCCUCGCCAAGUGGACGUGAGGCAAGUGGGCGCGAAGGCCGUGCGGGCGAAGUGGACCAACACCAACGGGGCCCUCGGCUUCGAGGUCGGGAUUGGCGUCGAGGACCUGUUCUCCGUGGAGUGUGGCGUGGAAGGGGACGCCGAAGAAGAGUGCUUGCGAUACCUCCACGUGGACAGCACAAGCAAGCAAGUCACGGUUACGUUGAGGGAGAUUGGGCUUAGUGUGGACCAGCAAGUGGAGGUUACACUCGCGCUGAGGGAUUUCGAUGACAUACAAAUAAACAAAACGGAUUUAACUUGGGACGGUCGUCUGCGCGUGUGCUUUGAGCCCAACUCCAUGGAUUCGCUUUACUUCCUGGCCUUGGAGAAUGAGGAAGGCCACGUCCAGGAGCUCCCCCAGCUUCGCCCCUACGUUGAGGACGGCCUCACCUGCGUGUUAAGCAAUGCCGCCAUGCAGGCAGAAGGAUACGUGUCCUUAUGGACUCUUUUAACAGCCUUCGACGCAUCUGGCGCACUGGUGCAAGCCUCUGGGAAUACUUAUGUCACCGACUUUUUCUUGAGCUCCAGAAGACGAGUCAGCGCGGCCUUGAACGCCGAUACCCGCGACCUCCUUGUGUCGUGGUUCCUCCUCAGCGAUCCCAGUACCAUCAGCUCUUACGACGUGACGCUCGAGGAGACCACAGCAGACGGCAGGAACGAGAUGAUGACUGUAGGGAAUACCGAAUCGUCCCUUGUCUUCAGCGGCACGACGGCAGGACGCUACUCUGUGUGCGUCGUGGCAUCUGCGAAGGAAAACAACGUGACCAGCCAGAAAGUGUGCAGUGUUAUUCUUUCCUUACUUCAGUCGGAUGUCACAGUCCCCGACGCAACGGAGCCAAGCCUGAGAUCCUCUGGGCCGACCAAGGUCCUCGUGACGUGGCAGAAACCCCAACAGGACGCCGACGUCUCCAGCUACGUCAUUACGUGGUCUUCUUCUCCUUCCUUCUCGUCACCGCCGCCGUCGUCGUCCAGCCUCCUAAGACCUGCCCUCUCAGCCGUCCAUCCUCUUGGCCUCCUCCGACGCGCCAGUCCUCUUGCCGACGACGACCAAGACCUAUCCUUCGUGGUCGUUCCGUCGUCCACCACGAGCGUCGAAGUGGACGACCUCGCGGCUUCUCAGAGCUAUGAGAUGUGUGUCAGUUCGGUCAAGAGCGACGUGAUGGGGAACCAGGCGUGCCGUAAAGUAAAUCAAGGGGACUACCAGCCACUCGACCUCCCGAAGAACCUGACGUUUGGGGACGAGGCGCUCCACUGGACUCCCGUCCCCGGGGCUAAGAUAUACCGGGUGGAGUGGCGACCUCGCUACGACGGCGACCUCUCGGAAGGAGGCCUGGAGGAGGUCAGUGGCACGACCUGGCCGACGCAGGACCUCGCUCCGGGGGCGUGGGUGGUGGAGGUCAGGGCGGCCUCGGACACGAGUGUGAGCGAGGCCAAGAGCAUCAAGAUACCGAAAAUUGGAAUCACAUUCGACCAAGCGACGCAGACGAACAACAGCCAACUGGAGGUCAGCUGGUGGGAAGAGCCCGUUCCCCCCUGCGCACAAACCUCCUGCGAAUACAUUAUUACCCUUUCAAUUAACGGGAAGGUGACGUUGUACGCCCAUUCGUGUUCGGGACGUAAAGGGGACUGCGCGCAGCUGUUGAACGUGGAAGGAGCGUCGGAAAUCAAGGUGGGGGUGGAGAGAGACACGUCCUCGCGGUCGGUGACACUGAAAGUCUACAAUUUCCCGGCCGUGGCCGAACUGCGCCAGAGCUUCUCCUCGGGCGGCGAGGCGGUGACGCUGUCGUGGGCGGCGACGGAGGGCGCCAAACUGUACAACGUCACCCUGUUCGCCGACGCCGCCUUGGCCUCCGUCAGGCGGACUGAGAUGAUCAGCCAGCAGACGUAUACUUUGACUGGAAGCAAUCUGGUAAAUAACGUGUUCCAAGUUCAACCCUGCGAAGGUAUAUCCUUUUGCGGCGACCCUCAAAGUAUCACACUGCAGGACACUCCGGAUGAGAAAGCGAAAGACAAGACGGUUAUUAUCAUCGUCUCAGUCGUCGGCGGGGUCGUGGGGGUCGUUGUCAUCGUCUCUUUCGUGGCUGCUGCUGUGAUGAAGACAAAGAAAAGGAAAGAAAAUUUACGUCGACAGGAAGAACCGCCAGUGGCACUCCCAGUCUACGACGAGUGGGGGGCAAGGCGCCUCGGUCAAAGAGCUAGACCUUCAUCAGAGGUCCCAGUCUACGACGAUUGGGGGGCGCGGCGCCUCGGUCACAGAGCCCAACCGCCAUCUCAGUCGCCGUCCUGGCAGUGAAGGAAAUGAAACUGAAGUCUUCGUGACGUGGCAGGAACCUUAAGAGGAUUCAGACAUCUUCAGCUUCGUCAUUAUUAAGGAGAGAGAGAGAGAGAGAGAGAGAGAGAGAGAGAGAGAGAGAGAGAGAGAGAGAGAGAGAGAGAGAGAGAGAGAGAGAGAGAGAGAGAAAGAAAGAGAAAGAGAGAGAGGGAAAGUGAGAGAGAGAAAGGGGAAGAGAGAGAAAGGGGAAGAGAGAGCGAGAGCGAGAGAGAGAGAAAGAGAGAGAGAGAGAGAGAGAGAGAGAGAGAGAGAGAGAGAGAGAGAGAGAGAGAGAGAGAGAGAGAGAGAGAGAGAGAGAGAGAGAGAGGAAAAGAGAGAGGAAGAGAAAGAGAAAGAAAGAGAGAGUGAAAGAAAGAAAAAAGUAAGUUGCUGUGCUGCUAUUCACAAACAGACAAAAGCCCAGACUCGCUGCCUCCCAAAACAGACAGAUGCAGUUCAGAGAGAGAAAGAGAGAGAGAGAGAGAGAGAAAGAGAGAGAGAGAGAGAGAGAGAGAGAAAGAAAGAAAGAAAGAGAGAGAGAGAGAGAGAGAGAGAGAGAGAGAGAGAGAGAGAGAGAGAGAGAGAGAGAGAGAGAGAGAAGAGAGAGAGAGAGAGAAAGAAAGAAUAAAGAGAGAGAAAGAAAGAAAGAGAGAGAGAAAGAUAAAGAUAAAGAGAGAGAGAGAGAGAGAGAAAGAAAGAAAGAGAGAGAGAGAGAGAGAGAGAGAGAGAGAGAGAGAGAAAGAAAGAAUAAAGAGAGAGAGAAAGAAAGAAAGAGAGAGAGGAAGAUAAAGAUAAAGAGAGAGAGAGAGAGAGAGAGAGAGAGAGAGAGAGAGAGAGAGAGAGAAAGAGAGAGAGAGAGAGAGAGAGAGAGAGAGAGAGAGAGAGAGAGAGAAAGAAAGAAAGAAGAGAGAGAGAGAGAGAGAGAGAGAGAGAGAAAGAGAGAGAAAGAAUGAAAGAAAGAAUAAAGAGAGAGAGAAAGAUAAAGAUAGAGAGAGAGAGAGAGAGAGAGAGAGAGAGAGAGAGAGAGAGAGAGAGAGAGAGAGAGAGAGAGAAAGAAAGAAAGAGAGAGAGAGAGAGAGAGAAAGAGAGAGAGAGAAAGAAAGAAAGAAUAAAGAGAGAGAGAAAGAAAGAAAGAGAGAGAGAAAGAUAAAGAUAAAGAGAGAGAGAGAGAGAGAGAGAGAGAGAGAGAGAGAGAGAGAGAGAGAGAGAGAGAGAAAGA